AGAACAACAGGAGUCAAAAAGAGCGACUACGAAGCUGGGCCUGUGUGUAAGGUGGUUGUGACUUACUUUUGUACAACAACUUCUUCAUUUAUGUUCUUCGACAUCAAGUAGCGCAAGGAGAAGAAGUAGUAGAAAAGGUCGUCGCUCGGCACGAAACGUCAGCAUAGUUUUUCUUGUUGUCUAUUUUCUAGGCAUAUUCGAACACGUUGUAACGACCUCAGAUAAACAUGAGGCUUCUCCAAUUAGUGUGUGGGCUGCUCGCGGCCAGUAUUGCUCAGGCACAGCAGAUGCAAGCACCAGUAGCAACGCCAGAGCAGAGAGACGAAUAUCUCCGUGAUUUCAAGGAGUUCGACUCCAACGGAGACCAAUAUCUCGAUGUACUGCUCCCUACAAAGUGUUUGAUGAAGAUCUCCUAGAGUCAAGAAGAACGUCUACUCAAGAUUGACAGGAAGAUAGCACUACAACUAAUGCAUCAUCUUACGCCAGUUCAAAUCCAUGUUGAUGUUCUUGAUCCUGCUUUUUAAAACUUCGCCUCCUUCCUUUAAGAGUUCUACCCUUGUACCCUCAGUUUCCACCUAUUUUUUUUUUACAACAGAAUGUGUUUCUAACAACUUAUUCAUGAUCUAAUUUCGCUUCCUACUUGUUCAUGUUCUUUCAACAUUAAUUUCAGACACAAGAAGUUCGGGGGAACUUCAAAGGCGAGGUGGCAGACCCAGAGUUAUGGGAAUUCUAUAAGAUGGCCGAUAAGGACUUAGACGGCAAGGUGUCGCAGGAAGAGUACAUCAAAUAUGCCGCGGAUUUGAGCUACCAGUCUGAGGAUGGAGUAACCAAGGAGGACCUGUAAGAAGUACAGCACGAGCACGGCGAGGUACAAGACGAAAGUAGAUCAGAGAAGAGACUCUUCACUCACUUCUGAGGAGCACCAUCAGAAUUACGUGAGCAUCGUAGUACAUUGUGCGAGGACGUGACGUCAACAAGAUGAACUUCAUCAACUUCUAAGAAGCAAAAACAGGUGAAUUUUGAGAUUCCGUAGCUACAACCCACGACAUGAAGCAAAAGCAUGCACGACGACGAUACGGCAAUAGAGAAUGUUGUAUUACAGUACUGAACUGGUAGCUCUGAUGCUCAUUCUUGAUGCUGGACUUCUUGGUGGUGGUUGUGGUCGACAUUAAUAAUUCGCUGCAGCAUGGUUGUCUUUCCAGGAGAGGACGCGUAGCUCCUUUUCCUCCAAAAGCAAAGGAACAAUUUUCCCUUUUCAUGUUUUCAAGUAUAAAGAGGUGAGCCACCAGUUUGAAGGAACACAAAGAACAGUGUCAUAAACAUAAUCAAUGGAAGGCUACUCCAACUACACAAUAUCUUCAUAGUUGGUAUGUCUCAUCUACUCAAAUGGGACACCAUGAAUGAAUACUCAACCUCAACAACGGCACAACUAAAACCCUGUUUAUGGGCCUUUCCCUCCCGUCCAUGACCCAACAGAGCCCACGACCUUUAUCUGAUCGAACGGUGAUCUGAUGACCCACAUCUAGUCUCUUUCAUCUUCGUGUCACAACAAUUACCAGAACAA